GAGACGAAAGGAGGAGGAGACGAAAGGAGGAGGAGGAGGAAGAGGAGGAGGAGGAGGAGGAGAGAAGGACAAGACGAAAGGAGGAGGAGGCCGAGGAGGAGGAGGAGGAGGUGGAGGAGGACCUAUUGGUAGUGUAUGUGGAUGACAGAAAAAAAAAGACAACGACGGAGGUCGAGAAGGAGGAAGAGGAGGAGGAGAGAAGGAGAAGAAUUAGUAGGUGGAGGAGGAGGAGAGAAGAAGAAGAAGACAAGAGGAGGAAGAGGAGGAGAGAAGGACAAGACGAAAGGAGGAGGAGAAGGAGGAGGAAAGAAGAAGAAGACGAGAGGAGGAGGAGGAGCAGGAGGAGGAGCAGGAGGAGGAGGAGGAGGAGGAGCAAAGCAGAAGAAGAAGACGAGAGGAGAAAAAGGAGCAAGAGGAGGAGGAGGACCUGCCGGUAGAGGUCGAGGAGGAGGAGGAGGAGGAGGGGGAGAGAAGGAGAAAAAUAAGUAUGUGGAGGAGGAGAAGGAGAGAAGAAGAAGAAGACGAGAGGAGGAGGAGGAGCAGCAGGAGGAGGAGGACCUGCCGGUACUGUAUGUGGAUGAUGAAAAAAUAAAGACGAUGAUGAAUGAGGUUGAGGAGGAGGAGGAGGAGGAGGAGACAAGGAGAAGAAAAAGUAUGUGGGGGAGGAGGAGAGAAGAAGAAGAAGACGAGAGGAGGAGGAGGAGGGGGAGGAGGACAAGACGAAAGGAGGAGGAGGAGAAGAAGAAGAAGACAAGAGGAGGAGGAGGAGGAGGAGGAGAGAAGAAGAAGAAGAUGAGAGCAGGAGGAGGAGGAGGACCUGCCGGUACUGUAUGGGGACAACGAAAGAAAAAAAAAAAAGACGAUGAAGGAGGAGGAGGAGGAGGAGGAGGAGAGAAUGAGAAGGCAAAAGUAGGUGGAGGAGGAGGAGGAGAGAAGAACAAAAAGAUGAGAGGAGGAGGAGAAGGAGAAGAACAAGGCGAAAGGAGGAGGAGGAGGAGAGAGGAAGAAGAAGACGAGACGAGGAGGAGGAGAAGAGGAGGAGGAAGAGGACCUACGGACGCGACAGAACAGCUUGUGGUUGGGUCAUCGGCGACAGCACGGCGCGACAGAGCCACUGUUUUGCCGACAGUGGUAUUUUAUGCCAGCGGGAAGAGUACUGGGGGGAUGGAUGAGCAGGGAGUCCGGAAUGUUGGUAGGCCAUCUGCACCGUCUAUGGGGAAACGAUCCAUUGGGAGUGUGGAUGGUGCUCGGCACACCGCCAUGGCCGAGUUUGAGGACCGACACGGGAGUGCUUUGCCGACGAAGACGUCUGAUGUCCAUGCUACGAGAGCCGCAAAGGCGAGUCUUUCUCGGGCAAGGAAGAAGGCCUCGGCAAGGAAGGCGGAUGCAACGAUGGCGGAUAUCGUCGGCAGGGAGGGCACAGGGAAUGCAGUGGCAGGUCAGAAGAGACGCGGCAGUGUACUUAUCGUCCACGACGAUAGCACAGAUGUCGCCCCGGGAGAGACCACAGACACUGAUGAUGCAGGGGACUCCGAUUACGUACCCAAACCACGGGCGGCAGAUGGAGAUGAUGGAGGAGGGCAACGAGUGAGACCGAGGAUACGACUCGGGCCGCAAGGGCAGCGAGCACAGGGCACACCAUCGACGAUGAUUCCUGCCCCCAUAGAUCGGCGAGCUCAGGCGUAGCGGUUGCUGCGCAAAAUGGAGGCCACUCUUCAACAGACGCACGGGUUAUCGCUUGGCCGCGAAGAGACGGAGACUC